AUGCUCUGGUACACACCUAAUCAUGGUUCACGUAUUAAGUUUAAUGAUUAUAUGGUUUCCACGUAUGUUGAUUGUGCUUCAUCUCGUUAUCCAAUUGAUUUAUGGAAUGUUAAUAAUGCUCUUGUUAAUAAUAUUCCCAGAACAAAUAACCACGUGGAAGGUUAUAAUAUUAGACUAGGUUCGUUAUUUCCUGUUCAUCCUCAUAUUUUCAGAUUUAAUGAACUUUUACGAGAUGAACAUUUGUUUCAACAUCACCAUGCUGAACAAUCAAGAUCUUAUUUACCUAGACAUCAAAAAUUAAGUGAAGAUAUUAAUACUAAACUUAUUGGUCUACUCGAUAAACAUAGUAACGGUGAACUGACAAAUUUAGGAUUAGCACUUCAUUGUGGUAAAACAGUUAAAACUAAACUAGUAAAGAAAUAA